AGAGCACUAGCAGGAACGAUAAAAAACGUCAGAAUGUCGUCUACGGUAUCUCAAGAAUGCCCUUGUCCGCCACAUCGCAGUGACGCAUCACCUAGACUAUUACACGAUGAUGAAAUUAGAAAUACGCUGUCUAAGUUGGAUGCAUACAAGCAGCGUGGGAAUAGUAUAGAAAGAUUGUACACAUUCAAAGGAUUUAGAGGUGCUAUAAAGUUUAUCAAUAGCGUGGCUGACAUAUGCAUAUCCCACAACCAUCACCCAACUAUAACAAAUAUGUAUGGCCACGUUAGACUUAACUGGAUUACGCACUCGACAAUGGAAGAAAUACCCGGUGUGACAAGCAAAGAUAUAGAGCUUGCUUGGGAGUGCGACAAACUCUACAGCACUGCAUUUGGUGCUAGACCACUUAACGAUAAAGAACUAGAGUUAGAAAAGUUGUAAAUAUUAUCGAUUGUUUGCUAUCAC